AUGGCCCGCUUGAUUGAAUCAUACCAAGCAUGGCUUGAACUCGUCACCUACCAGUACUCUAAAAUGACUUUCCAGGAAACAAGUAAACUAAUGGGUGGUCAAGUAGCUUCGUUGAAAGCUCACGGAUCCAUUGUUUUCGAAUACUGUGCUCGUGAAGCUUCUCAAAUAUUGGGAGGAAUAGCCUACACAAAGGGUGGAAAAGGAGGUAUCGUCGAACGUCUAUACCGAGACGUUCGAGGAGCCGCCAUACCUGGUGGUAGUGAAGAAAUCAUGCUCGAUCUAAGUGUUAGGCAGCAGAUGAAAAUCUCAGACGCCUUGAAACUUGAACGUUCCAAACUCUAA